AUGAGCUUCAAACGUGCUCGUGCAGCAGACCAAGCCAAAGGUUCCAGUUAUCUCGGUCUCGAUGAAUAUGAAGACCCGUUGGCUAAUGAAGGCUCGACCGCCGAGGCUGCUAAGAAGUUUAGACGACUGCUGGUUGGGAAGUAUUUGGAUGGUUCUGCUACGGCAACCGACACCUGUCUGCUUGCCUACUGGCACGUGGAGUCAGGGGGUGAGGGUGCUGAGGAUCUGGCAUUGAACCCUCGGACCGCUAGUCGUCAUUCAGCUGAACAUCUGAGGUGCCACCUGACUAAAGAAUUCCCGGAGCCUGAUGUGGAAAUGAUCUCAGUUCCGAUGUAUCUGAAGAAGUCUGCUGGAAGGACCCUCGUGCAGCACCCCACCCGUGUGACUUCGAUCAUGAUACGCAAUGAGCUGAAGGAGCUUGGUAUACUUGGAUCCACAGAUGCAUCUGCUGAGGUUGUGCAAGACUUUCUGAAACAGGAGGUCACGAUUCCGGAUGUACAUGUUCAACAGCAGAUCUCGAAGCUUCUUUGCUAUCGCAAGAAAGGCCGUGGACGCUGCUUGCAAAAAGCAUUCGAUCAGCUAGGACUUCCGAAGAUGGCCAGAUUGGAGCCUUCUACACUUUUGCAAGAUGUGGGGUCUUUCGAACAAAAGCAGUGUCCGUUCCGCUGCAUUUUUUAUGUGGCCGGGGAACAUGGCCGUGUUUUGCAUAUGUCUCCGCUGCUGCAGAUCCCAGGAGUCAGCUUGAACACGUGGGGUAUCGACAUAUUACACACGUGGCACUAUGGACCCAUGUCUACUUAUCUGACAUUUACUCUUCGUGCUUUGCUGAACACGGAGAUCUACAAGCCUGGCAAUUCGGCAGUGCUAGACAAGGAAGAAAAUGACAAGCUUUGUUUGAUGGCCCUCAAGGCAGAAUUAUGGAUGUUCUACAAGCACAGACGUGCCACAGACAAGGAGUGGAGCAAGAAAGGUUCUGAG